AUGGUUUAUUUAAGCUACUGGCUAGUUGUGUCCCUGGCCGCUUCGGCUUCCGGGUUUCGUUUUCCUGGCAAACGUCAUUCCCAAGAAGACCAAGCGGCUGUGCUUCCAAGCGAUGAUCCAUUCUAUGCCGUUCCACGCAAUAUAGACUCCUUCUUACCAGGAGAAAUAAUAGCCUAUCGAGAGCCACCUUCAGAAAUUUCCGCCUACGGAUGGAUACCAACGCAUUUGAAGAAGGCAUACCAGAUUCUCUACCGAACAACCGAUAGCUUAGAGCAGCCUACUGCCACUGUCUUGACGGUUCUCAUUCCGCCAGAUGCCGAGUAUGACAAAGUGCUGUCUUUGCAAAUGGCUGAAGACUCUACAACUAUUAAUUGCGCCCCAUCAUAUACAAUGCAGCGUUCAGCGCAGCAGGGUGGACCUUACGGUUCCAACAUCACUCAAGUUCAGGUGCUUUUCGCAGAAACGGCGCUUGCUCGGAAAUGGAUUGUUAUAGUACCGGAUUACGAAGGACCCAAAGCAGCAUAUACUGCAAGCAAAAUAACGGCUUAUUCGAUUCUGGACGGCAUUCGAGCCGCGAAACACUCUGGUCCUAUCACCGGCAUUGCAUCGAAUCCUAGGAUUGGAAUAUGGGGUUAUUCUGGGGGAGGAGCUGCUACUCAGGUAGCAAUCAAUAUGCAGGAACUAUAUGCACCCGAGCUUGAAAUCGCUGGUGCUGCGAUGGGAGGGCUGCCGGGUCUUUCAAAGGCAAGCGAUAUUUUUGCCCUCAACAAAAAACAGAGUUCGGCUCUCAUCCCAUCGGCAAUGAUUGGCUUGUCCAGGCAGUACCCAGCACUCCAGCAACACAUUUAUUCAUCAUUGAAGCCUCAGUUUCGAGAUAUCUUCUACAGCUCCUUGCACAUGUGUCUGCAAGAAGCUACUGUGAUCCUCUCUUUUCAAGAUAUUUUGGGCAUGUUUUAUAACACUUCAUUGCCAGGGCUGAUAAACGAGCUGGAAUCGACUUUCCAAGCAGAGAACAUGCAUCCACCAACAGCUAUACAAGCUCCUCUGUACAUAUACCAAACCGUCAAUGAUCAUCUAUCCGAUGUUAGCAAGAUAGAUGCGAUGGUGCGGGAUUAUUGCGAGCACGGUACGAAAGUUCACUAUGAGCGAGCCACCUCGCCGAAGUUGGACCACGUGAAUUAUGGUUUGAUAGCAAUACCGGAAGCAUUAUCGUGGAUGCAAGAUCGACUUGAUGGGAAACAAGUUUCUGAGGGUUGCGUGACUCAUACGGAUACGACUGAGAGUCUUGAUCCGACGCUUUUGAGCCUCUUCCCCAAGUAUAUUAGCGCGGGUUUAUCUGGAAUUGCAAAUGCAUUUUAA